AUGGUCCAAUUCAACGCAAGUAUCAGGUCAACAGAAGCCAGGCCCAGUACAUUUGCGGAUGUUCACAGGACAUCCCGCAGGGACUCGAUAGCCAACAAAGCCAGGCAGCUUAAUGUCGAACGCAGAACCCUAUAUGAACCGCCACAAGCGGCAAAGAGGUUCGUCCAUAUGCAGUUACAUGGCCAAUGUCCUCAUCCUGGCGAGAUUGGUAAUCCUGGUUGGAGAAACGUAUUCAAAGACGUCACACGACUGAAAAUUCUGGCGCUAAGCUCUUUCCUCCUACCAGCUCGACUCCUGGACGCUGUUGAAUUUAUGUAUCGGGGUGCUGUUAUUCCGCAUGCCUCUGGCUCUUCUUCACUUCCCCCAAGAGUCCCAGCGCCGAGCUACAGGCAUGGUGCCCCUUCAGGACCUUGGCCCUAUCUCGACAUUGAAGAUCAGGUAGAUCCUACUAGGAUACAGGACCCUGACAGCCAUAUUCCAUUGUCGGCCUCUCCUUGUGAUCACAAGCAAACUAGUGGACAGGAUGUAUGCUGGUGCAAGUACCCGCAAUCGCUGUAUCCGAACUGGGCGCUACGACAACAGCAGAAGAGCAGAAUAGCGAAUUUUGUCGAAAAACAAAAGGGAGAUUGCACUAUAUAUUACCUUGAUGUCAUGGACAAUGGGACAUUUGUAAAGCGGGACGAAAGAGAAGUUACCGAGAAAACUUUGGACGAGAAUUGGAUCGCAAUUCAUCAUGGCCGACCACCUGGUGUUCAAGUCCGCGCUUUAUUCGUUGAAGGAUUAUCUGGAUCUGUCCUGCGGAUGCUUGGCACCCACUACAAUAUCGAACCGUUUUUCUUCUCCUCCACACUAGGUUGGAUCCCCUCACGGCACCAGACCCACCUCGCUGUCGUCAAAGAUAUUACUGUGACAUUAACUUUUGUGCGAUCACUAUCAAACCCGAAUACUGCAGUGCCAUCUCCAGAACCAAAUGAAGAUUAUCUAGCGAAUAUCAAUGAUCUAUCUAGGGGCGAACUUCCUGACCUGGUUAUUGAUACACAGGCUCCGCUUCCUUUACGCUCAAGCGAUAUUCUUCUGCUUCCUGAUCAGCUCGCAUUGCAUAUGAUUCGGUCACCUGCCGGAAACACGAUUAUAUCUCUUCACCAAACUCAAGAACAUCGAGCUACGACUGCAAAGGCACUCCACACAAGAGCGCGACUUACUGGGAGAUCGGUUUACUGGAGCAACAUCUUCAAGGACAGUAACGACCCUACUUUUGUCUUCAUAAGCUUGCUCUGGUACGCCCUUUAUGCCUGGGAUGAAACCCUGGAAAAUGUCUAUAAUCAUAUCUGCUUCCUUGAAUCUAUUGUUAUGACGACCCAUGAUAUCCAUAUGACCAACGAACUCCAUGUCAUUCGAGCCCAUCUUCUUCACUACGAAUCCCUUCUGGAAGAAUUCAGGAGGACUGUACACUUUAUCCAGCAUACACAAAAUCCCGCUUUACGGUCACCGGCUGGAACCCCUGUCAGUGAAGAAUUCGAUACGAUGAAGGCCCACGGAGCGAUGUUGAUGAAGCGGGAGUGUGGAAAUUUAUUAACGGACAUCGAUCGGCUGGAACGUAGUAGACAGAUGCAAGCAAAGCGCUUGAAGAACGUCAUGGAUUUGGGAUUUAGCAGUGUCAACAUUGAAGACAGCAAACGUAUGCAGAAGCUUACGGAAUCCGCUGUUAACGACAGUGCUGCUAUGAAAAUUAUCGCAUACCUAACAAUGGCUUUCUUACCUGCCUCUUUUGUAGCAGCCGUCUUUGGCAUGAACGUCCGCGAGAUCAAUCCUGAUGGCAAUGUCGACCUUCCUCACUACAUCGCAGCUGCCAUACCUCUAACUGCCGUAACCAUCUGGAUUAUUGUUGCGUACCAAAUCCAGAUCACCGAACCUCAAAUGAGAAACGCUGCUGCUGAAGCCGCCGGAUUGCCUAAUGAAGAAUCCAAGUACGCGUUCUAUCGGUUUGGCAAACACUCGGGACGCAAUUCGGACGAGAAACAGUUGGAUAUAUGGGCAAGGUUAUGGUGGCCUGUUAUCCUGAUUUCGUCUAUGACGAACCAGAUGAAGAGGAAGUGGAAGGAGCGUCGCACACAGACUCGCAUUGAUACCAUUCAAGUCAAGAUGUGA